UCAAUAUGAAACCACCGACGGAAAUGGAUCUCAAAAACAUCCCGGACAACUUCCUGGCGGUGGUCGCUCACAUUGCCCUCGGGAUGCAAUCAUCCGAGCAUAACGGGUCCAGUGCUGUGGACUACAGCAGCCCGAUCCUGAAGCCGGUAGUGGCCCGCAUCUAUCCGGUGUUUAUAAUUAUGUACGCCCUGCCGGCGGCCCUCGGAAUCGCCACAAAUGUACUGAUGGUGAUGUACAUCAGCAAGUACAAACUCUACAAGGACGCGACGCACGCGUUCGUGGUCAAUUUGGCCUUCUGUCAUACGGUCCAGUGCGCCUUCGUCCUGCCGAUCACGCUGAUGGUGAUGCUGAUCCAGAACUGGGUCUUCGGACAGUUCAUGUGCUUCUUUUUGCCGCUGCUGCAGGACAUCCCGCUGCAUGUGGCCAUGUUUUCGCACCUGCUGAUCGCGUGGGACCGGAAAAGGUGGCUGAAGGAUCCGUUGAAGGCGCGGCUGCCGGCCUUCGUGUGUAGCUGUGCUUCGUGGUUGGCCGGGAUGGUCAUCGCCCUGCCGUAUCCGAUUUAUACGACGUACAUCGAUUUGGGGAAAUACGUUCCAAAACUGGAUGGUGUUGGCAUCUGUGCGAUGAAUCUUAUGGACGAUAUGCAGGAAUACAACCGAGGAUUGUUCGUUUUGAUGUACUGCGGACCGAUGACGCUUCUCGGGUAUCUGUACAUCCGGACGGCUCGGGAGCUGAGACCGCCGGAUGGACCCCUCUCGAUAAUGAUGUUCGAGGCCCGGUCCGAAGCGCGCAGCAAGCAGAUUCGUUCCGGGCGCGGAUCUGCCAGUGCCGGAUCCGGAAACAUCAGCGCCAGCAGCCGCACCUACGACCUGUACGAUGCCGAGCUCGAUGUGAAUCGGGAAAAGCGAACCCAGCGCCAUCUCGGGGCGAUGGCAUCGACACAGGUCCUGUGCGUGUGUCCGUUGAUGAUUUUGAGGUUGGCCAAAAUGACGGUCAACGAAACGUACGACAACGAAGCCCACUUUGAUAUAACCUAUCUGCUGUUCGUGUGGAUUGCCUUCCUGCCGACGGUCAUUGUUCCGUGGAUCUAUGGCAGCUGGGUACUGUCAAGACCGGCCAAAGAACGUUUAAGAGGCUACCUUCGACUGUCAUCCCGAAGAAAUACAGGCACCAAAUCAGUUCAAUCGCUGGACGGAGGAAUCUCUCCGUCAGGGAACUCCGACAUGAAAACUCCGCUCUCGACUACGAACAAUUCAGCCCUCAGCAAUCCAACUCCGACAGCUCCACCAGCGGCCUCCAUUCUCAGUACGUCCACCAAUUCCAGUGCAACGAAAUCCUCUUCCAAUACGGUUAAACCGGCUCAUUCUGAUAAGGAGGUUGGGAAGCCUGCCUCGGUAAGUUCGGUAGCUUCGACGAAUACGUUCGUACAUCGACCCAAACAGCUGCCAACGAUCGAUCAUCGCUCGAAAAGUCCAGCCGGUGGAAGUACCAAGACCCAGCAGUCUAUACUCGAAAGUAGUUUGGCUGAGAGCACGAUUUCUUCGACGGCCACCAAACCACCAAGUACAGGGGGAACUGGACGACCUCGAAGACAGCUUCCUCCACCGAUUAGAAUCGAAAACAGCAACUUCAACAAGACUCCAUCGGUACGGAGUCGAGCUUCGUCGGAUACUAACAAUACGUUGCGAUCUUCGCUGCGGUCUACCACUAGUAGUAGGAUUAGCGCUGCGAACGUCGUUGAACAACGAGUAGCUAUACAGCCUUCGAUUCCUAGAAGAACUUCUCUCGAACGAACAGUUCCAGACGACGAUGAAGACGACUACUGCUCGUCGAUAGCUGGGAACUGCUCGAACAUCACUUCCAGCACGUAUUGCAACAUCAACGAAAGGGAAGUAGUGGCCCCGGACCUCUACGAGUCACUCCCAGCCGAACGAAACUCUCGUCAAUCGCUGAUUCACAAAUCGGCCUCCCCGUACUACCAACCCACCGAUCAGAACAACGAUCUCGACUCCGACUCGGACAUCUACCAACGAAGGCCUGCGACCCGUUACGGAUCUCUCUCCCAACAAGACUCUACAACGGGCAUCCUCAAGGCCACCCCUUCCAUUAUCUCCGUAUCCGAAAGUGAGUACUCUUCCCGCAAGGGUUCACUCAGCACCCUUUCCCGGGACAUGGAGAUCAUCGAUCGACUCGAGCGGGAACGUAGCAUGGACAUCCAGGAGAUGAUCCAACGGGAGAAAACCUACGAAUACUACUUAUCGCGCCAAAACUCAAAACUGAAGUUCUCCACCAACUUCGACGAUUAUUUCGAGGAAGAACCCACCCAGACCGGAAGUUCUCUCCAAAAACAGCGAUCGACGUCACCCCACGUAACCCGAAAUCCACCCGCUAGGCGGAGUAGCAACCAGAGUUACUCUUCAAAGCGGGACAGCGGUUACGAGGACACCUCUUGCCCGGCUUCAGCUGCUCUUCAAGCCCAACAACAGCACACCCCAGUCGGGAGUAUUGGACAUGGUUCCGGUCCGUACAGUGCUAGUGUUGGUGGACCGAGAAGGUCGAUCGAUCUGGAACAGAAGCAACGGUUCAACAGAACCUAUAGUGGAAGUUCGGCACGUAGUUCGACCAAGUCGAGGGAUCGCGUUAGCUUCCACGACGAUAUCUAGGGGUCGUUGAAGGUGGUGGUCGUUGCCGCCGCCGUUGAUGACCCCAAAGGUGAUGUGCUGGUAUGAGCUGUGGUCUUUUUUUGAACGUUUUAAACGUGACUACGGACAACUGCUCGAACAACUGGAUGGUAGUUUCAGUGAGAUAAGGAAAGGUAGAUAGACGAAAAUGAUAGUAAUAGUUUCACUUUUGUUAGCGAAUUCUUACAAUGAUAUGUGCCAAAUUAGUUGAAAUAUUGCAUUGA